GUUGACAAAAACAAGAAUAGAAUCGUUCAAGCGUGAGCAACGCAGGGCGUUGUUUGAUAAGUAAAAUUAAAAGAAAUCGUUUCACAUCGUGUAUAGUCUUUGUAGAAAAUAUACACAGUUGUGAUUAUUUUUUUACGUUAACAUUAAAAUGGCUAAUCGACCAAAAGGAUAUGGUAUGACUGCUGAAUUGGCAAAUAAACGUGCGGCAAAGUUUGAUCCCGAUUUAACAAAAGAAGCAAUGGAAUGGAUUGGUGAAGUGUUAAGAGAUGGAGGGGGUGAACAUGCUGAAUUAGCUUCACAAAUUGGAGUAAUUGAAAAUGCUAAAGACGUUCAAAACACCUUAAAAGAUGGAGUUAUAUUGUGUCAUUUAAUUAAUAUUAUACAACCAGGAAGCGUGAAGAAGUUUCAGGCUUCAAAACUAGCUUUUAAACAAAUGGAAACAAUCGGCCAGUUUUUGACAGCAUGUGAAGGUCUUGGAAUUAGCAAAAUAGAUCUUUUUCAAACCGUUGAUUUAUUUGAAGCACAAAAUAUACCUCAAGUUAUAAAUGGAAUAUUUGCUCUUGGAAGAAAAGCCCGAAAAAUAUACGACGGACCAACUCUUGGACCUGAAGAAGCAACAGAAAACAAACGCGAAUUUACUGAAGAACAAUUAAGAGCUGGUGAAGGUGUUAUUGGUUUACAAGCAGGUUCAAACAAAGGAGCAUCCCAGGCUGGUCAAAAUUUUGGAAAAACAAGAGCAAUCAUUGAUUAAAAUGAAAAAUACUUUUGCAUUUUUUUUGCAUUCAUCAAAUUAAUUUGGAAAAUAUUUAUAAAACAACAACUGUCGUUUUAUUGUAGACAGAAGACUCUUGUUUGUUGCAGACAUAGGACAGUAGUUUGUUUUAUUUUAUUUUUAUUAAAAAUUGUUUUUAAAUUUUAGAUACAAUUAUAAUACUUUUAUAAAAUAUGACAAUAUGAUUUUGAGUCUUUUUUUGUUAGCAUUUUUGUUAGCAUUUCAAAGUAUACGCAGAAUGACUAAAAAUUUGUAUUAAUGAAA